CUGGUCUCUUACUCGCCCCGCGUGGUGGGCACAAAUCGGAGCCAGACCCCGGGGCGACGCGCGGAGUCAUGGCAGACUACUGGAAGUCACAACCAAAGAAAUUCUGUGAUUACUGCAAGUGCUGGAUAGCGGACAAUAGACCUAGUAUUGAAUUUCAUGAAAGAGGAAAGACUCAUAUAGAAAAUGUGGCAAAAAGAAUCAGUGAGAUUAAACAGAAAAGCCUGGACAAAGCAAAAGAAGAAGAAAAGGCAUCAAAGGAGUUUGCUGCAAUGGAGGCAGCUGCCCUGAAAGCAUACCAAGAGGAUUUGAAAAGGCUUGGCUUAGAGUCAGACAUUUCAGAACCAAGUAUAUCACCAGUAGCCAGUACCAUCCCACCCACCUCUGCCUCAAAUCAGCAGAAAGAAAAGAAGAAAAAGAAAAAAGAUCCUUCAAAGGGCAGAUGGGUUGAAGGCAUAACCUCUGAGGGUUAUCAUUACUAUUAUGAUCUUAUCACAGGAGCAUCUCAAUGGGAGAAACCUGAAGGAUUUCAAGGAAACUUAAAAAAGACAGUGAAGCCUGUUUGGGUAGAAGGUGUAAGUGAAGAUGGUUAUAUGUAUUAUUAUAAUACAGAAACAGGAGAAUCCAAAUGGGAGAAACCUGAUGAUUUUAUUCCACACCCUGGCAGUCUGCUUUCCAGUAAGAUCAAUGAAAAGGCAGUUGGCAGCCUAGAAGAGUCCAAAUCAACAGAUGCACGUAAUGAUUCUGAUGAACAGAAAGUAGAAGGAGAUGCCUCUACAAAAACACAAAAGCUAACAAUAAAGUUCAAGGAAAAAAAUAAAAGUAGUGAUAAAGGAACUAAACCAGAAUCACAGAAAGAAAAAAGUCUACCAGAAAAGGAUUCAUCACAUCCAAAGGAAGAAAAACCCAAAGCUGUUAAAAAGUCAAACCCAUAUGGAGAAUGGCAAGAAAUUAAACAAGAGGUUGAGUCAUCUGAGGACAUAGAUUUGGAACUUCCAAGCGCUGAUGAAUAUGUAUCAGCUUCAGUUGCUGAUGGUAGUGGAGAAUCCAAAGUGGUAUUUAAAGAAAAAACAGUCACUUCUCUUGGAGUUGUGGCAGAUGGAGUGGCCCCAGUCUUCAAAAAGAGAAGAAUUGAAAAUGGAAAAUCUAGAAAUUUAAGGCAGCGAGGUGACGAUCAAUAAAUUGCAAGAGAGCUUUUUGUAUAUGCUUUUUGGACAAAAUGGAGACCAUACAUCUUCAAGCACCUCCAUGUUUGUUUCUAAGUGCUUUGAAGCUAAACAUUUAGAUUUAUUCUAAAUUGUAUUUUAUGUGAAUGAUAAUAAAUCUUUUUUUCAUGUGAAACAUAUUUUUGUUCCUAAAAUGGAAGCCUACCAUAUUACAUUGUAAUACAGUGUAUUAUAUUCAGUGUCUAAAAAUCGCUAAUUAUGUCAUAAUUUAAGAUGCUAUGUAUCUGUUAUUUAAACCAUGGAAAAGCAAGGCAUUUAUUUCAUUCUUAUUCAUAUGAACAUAUUUAUCGUGCACUGAAAAUGCAUUAUUUUUGCACACUGAUAAUAACUGUUAUCCAGGAAAUAAGAAUCAGACCACAUAAGAGAAGAUUCACAGCCCAGUAACGAUUCUGAGGAUCCCUGUGAGAAGACUAAUGUAGAAAAUGAGUGCAUAUUAGCAUGCUGUUGUGUGUCAUUGAGUUGAUUCCAACUCAUAGUGAUCCCAUGUGACAGAGUAGAACUGCCCCCAAAGGCUUUCCUAGGCUGUAAUGUACAGGAGCAGAUCACUAGGUCUUUUCUCCUGCAGAGCUGCUGCUGGGUUCAAACCACUGACCCUUCAUUUAGCAGCCUAGCACUUAACCACUGUGCCAUCAGGGCUCCUUGUAUAUUGGCGUACCUUACUCAAUUUAAGAUCUAGGGCCAAGAACUGGGACUGCAGCUCAGGUACUUAAAAUGUAGUGCUCAAUGUGGAGUGAAACUUGACCAAAGGUAGAAAUGUGUGUUUGCCCCAGUUCAGGUAAAAGCACCAGCUCUUGCUUAAGCAUUUUUACUUUGAGCCAGGCAUUAUUCUAGAAGCUGAGGAUAGAUAGAAGAUGAAUGAGACAUAUCCCUGUUCUUCAGGAGUUCACAUUCUAGCAUAGUCCUUUUUUGCUCUAGUUGUGCACUCUGUUCAGCAGCCUUAUAUGUAUGUAGUGGAAAGUAUUUUUUUAAGGUUAUUUAAGCUACGUAGAUAAAGUCUAGAACUAAAAUACUAUCUCCCUACUUCACUAAAAGUUUUUAAAAGUGUUCAUUGAGGCAAACUAGAAGUUUCUUGUUUUCUGGUUAAAUUUCUUAAGUGAAAUUUUCUUGUUUAAUCCAUUUGAAGUAGGUACCUUCCCUUUAUUACUCAUAUAAAUUCUCAAAAUUAUAUUUUUUAUGAAUUGUACAAUAUUUAACUUUUAGUAGUGACUGUCUUUUUAAGGAUACUAGUGUACAUGUGAGAAAAUGAUAGCUUAUUAAAAACUUCAUGAAAAACUAUUGAUUUUCUUUUUCCAUGUAAUACUGAUUGGUAUCAACUAAGCAUUGAUGAGAUGGCAUUUGCAGAU